CAAAAUUGGGAGCCUUCAACGAAAUGAGCAACACGUGGAGCUUGCGAAAAUACUCAUUUAGUGUGGAGCAGUUGAGUGUGACGCAUUUUUGAACGGACGAAUUUUCAUACUGUUUUAUCAGCGCGUUGUUUUUUGACAUAUUUGUUGCUGUAACUCAAUUUUGGGAGCGAAUAUCAAUUGUAUAGUUACCACGAAGCUGGAAAUUUUCCACCGGUGCAAUUGGUACUACAACUUUUAAUUGUGGCGACGAAAUUGUCACAAUAUUUAAUAUUGUGUACUUGUUGUUAUAUUACUGGACUGAGCUCGUGCACCAAUACUUAAGGCACGCAAUUUUUGAAAUACAUUUAUUGCCAAGAACAUUUAUUUUACAAGAAUAAUAUAUAAAUAAGCAUUUAAAGUUCAAUUACCUGUGCAAAAUACGGCAAUUGACUUCAACAUUUCAAUUAGUGCCAAACGAUCAUUUACAUACGCGAUUCUACAAUAAAUUUUAACGAUGGCAACAACAACAACCAAUGUGACCACUAAUGGAUUUACCAGUGCACCAGCUGAAUCGGUAAAGGUAGAAUCGGCAGAUGUUAGCGCAAAUGAAUUGCAGGAUGGCCUUUCAUGUCACGAGCUUUUCGUUAAUAGCGAUGGUUUGACCUACAAUGACUUUCUUAUCUUGCCUGGUUAUAUUGAUUUCGCCGCUGAGGAAGUGGAUCUGAGCUCACCAUUGACCAAGAGUAUUACAUUGCGUGCGCCGCUAGUAUCAUCCCCCAUGGACACUGUCACCGAGUCAGAUAUGGCUAUUGCCAUGGCGCUCUGUGGUGGCAUUGGUAUUAUACAUCACAACUGCACGCCAGAAUAUCAAGCGAAUGAAGUUCACAAAGUCAAGAAAUACAAGCACGGCUUUAUUCGUGAUCCGUCGGUUAUGUCGCCCGAGAAUACAGUUGGUGAUGUGCUUGAGGCGAGACGCAAAAACGGCUUCACAGGCUAUCCCAUCACCGCCGACGGUAAACUGGGUGGUCGCCUGUUAGGUAUCGUCACAUCACGUGACAUUGAUUUCCGUGAGAAUCAGCCCGAAAUUAAAUUGGGAACCAUAAUGACCACCGAAUUGAUAACUGCCCCUAACGGCAUUACACUGCCCAUGGCUAAUGCUAUUUUAGAGAAAAGCAAAAAAGGCAAAUUGCCAAUUGUUAAUGAAAAUGGUGAAUUGGUUGCGCUAAUAGCGCGUACCGAUUUGAAGAAGGCACGUUCUUAUCCGAACGCUUCGAAAGACAGCAACAAACAAUUGUUGGUGGGCGCUGCAAUUGGCACACGCCCCGAGGACAAGGAACGUCUCAAAUUGCUCGUCGAAAAUGGGGUUGAUGUAAUUGUUUUGGACUCAUCGCAAGGCAACUCAAUUUAUCAAAUUGAAAUGAUUAAAUUCAUAAAGAACACUUAUACGGGACUACAAGUGAUUGGUGGAAAUGUUGUGACACGCGCUCAAGCCAAAAAUCUAAUCGAUGCUGGCGUAGAUGGCUUGCGCGUUGGCAUGGGCUCCGGUUCGAUUUGUAUUACACAAGAGGUUAUGGCAUGCGGCUGCCCACAGGCUACUGCGGUUUACCAAGUAUCUACCUACGCUAAACAAUUUGGUGUGCCUGUCAUAGCCGAUGGUGGCAUUCAAUCCAUAGGCCAUAUCGUCAAAGCAUUAUCAUUGGGCGCUAGCGCUGUCAUGAUGGGCUCGUUAUUGGCCGGUACUUCAGAAGCGCCAGGUGAAUAUUUCUUUUCGGAUGGUGUGCGCCUGAAGAAGUAUCGUGGUAUGGGCUCACUAGAGGCUAUGGAACGACGUGAUGCCAAAGGCGCCGCUAUGUCACGUUAUUAUCACACCGAAAUGGAUCGUACAAAGGUGGCGCAGGGUGUCAGCGGCAGCAUUGUCGACAAAGGUUCCGUUUUGCGUUAUUUACCCUACUUGGAAUGUGGUCUGCAGCAUAGCUGUCAGGACAUUGGCGCACGCACAGUCAGCGAACUAAGAGCAAUGAUUUACAAUGGCAAAUUACGUUUCAUGAAGCGCACUCAUUCCGCACAAGUGGAGGGUAAUGUGCAUGGUCUCUUCUCCUAUGAGAAACGUCUCUUCUAACAAACAGCUGCAACAAGUGUGCGCACUGAUAAAGCGUUAAUCGCAAGCAAUGCGGUGCAAGUGCGCAAUGGUGGGUUGACAGCAUAUUUGCAAAGGAAUGGGGCGUACGAGUGCGGCGCAACGGCAACACAUAACAUAUAUAAUAGAGCGGCAGAUACAGCAACGAUACAGCGGCGUCAGCAGUAAUGUACAGAAACAAAAAUGAAAAAAAUUAAAAAAAUUUAGUGUUUCAACGGUUAACGGUUAUGUUUUAUGACAUUUGCUACAUUGCUUGCAUCAGUAGCUCUAGCAAUAACAUUUCCCACUGGCGUAAUUUAUUAUAUGAAAAUACCGCCGUUGUGUUUACUUGUAUAAUUAGUUUUCACACGUUACUUCGUGUGCUUAGAGCAGUACUUAAUACAUAGAAAAACUUAUAAAUUUACAAUUUUAUACAUUUAUGCUUAUUCAGCAAUUAUCGUUGUGUCUAAUUCGGUUUACAUACAGCUGUCACGUAAAUUUUCAAUUUUUUUACAUUUUUGCUUAUUCAGCAAUUAUCGUUGUGUCUAAUUCGGUUCACGUUGCUUUAUAUUAAAUACGUGUUUUUGGCAAUAUUGUUAUCAUUUAGUUAAAAUCCUUUGAUCACACAAUAGGAUGGUUUAAUUACAAUCACAUAUUAUUUGUUAAACUUUGCCACCUUUGCUGUAUUUUUACUAAACUUUAGUAAUAGCUAUAAAAAAUAUGAUUAUUUUUGCAGAAAAUUGUAAAAUUUUAUUAAGCAGCCUGUGUUAAGAUUUGUAAAAGUUGAAUUUUCUCGAAAUUACGCUAGCAGCUGAUAUAACGCUGUACUUUAUUGGCAAGUAUUCUUUGUUUUCCUAGUUUAUACAAUUAUAUUGUUAGAAAUUUUUAUAACUUUAAAUACUUUAUAUACAUAUUUAUGUAGAUUUCUCAAAAAUUUAGCAAAAUUUAAACCUAAAAUCUAGAAAAUGUAUGUAUUUCACACAUUUAGGUGUUUUAAAAUUUAUUGAUGUUCACAACAAGCGCAUACCUACCCACAAUAUUAGUAAAUAUGUAUGUUGGAGAAUUUUAAGCGUAGUGUAGGUCUAAAUGUUUUUUAACGAGUUGCAGCAAUGUCGUGGUGUAGAUCCAGCAUGAUGGCGCGCAGAUGUCGACAUACAAUGUCGUUAACGCAAUAGACUGUCAAGGAAAGUCGUCAUAAGUGAAAGUACGGGUCUACGUAAUCGGUGUAGACCCCGAUUUUUAUCCGGCCAAGGACCGUCAAUCCGGCUGCAUUUCUUUAAAUUACUUCAGGAAUGCUUUUGCCGCUGCAGUAACACUAAGAAUUUGCCGCCAUCUCUAUUGCUCUAAUAGACUUUGCAUACAUGGACGCGCCUAUCUGCAAGCUGUUAUGUAUGUUCAUACUUAUAUCUAACUUUUAAUUAACAAUUGCGUCUUAACUGCACUUAAAAUUCUCCAUUAUAGGCAAGAAAAUUCAAUUUAUUGCAAUUUAUAUAGAAAGCAAAUGAAAAUCUAUGUGACUACAAUACCUUAUAAAUGUUAGCAAUUAUGUAAUAAACUAUAUACA